UCAGAAUUCCUCCUCCUGGGCCUGCCCAUUGAAGCAGAUCAACGAGACCUGUUCUAUGCCCUGUUCCUGGCCAUGUACCUUACCACCGUCCUGGGGAACCUCCUCAUCAUCGUGCUCAUUCAGCUGGACUCCCACCUCCACACACCCAUGUAUUUUUUCCUCAGUAAUUUGUCCUUCUCUGACGUCUGCUUCUCCUCUGUCACAAUGCCCAAAUUGCUGCAGAACAUGCAGAGCCAAGUCCCGUCCAUCCCCUAUGCAGGUUGCCUUGCCCAAAUGUACUUCUUCCUGCUUUUCUCAGACCUGGAGAGCUUCCUCCUUGUGGCCAUGGCCUAUGACCGCUAUGUGGCCAUCUGCUUCCCCCUGCACUACACCACCAUCAUGAGCCCCAAGCUCUGUCUCGCCCUGGUGGCGCUGUCCUGGGUGCUGACCACGUUCAUCUCUUUGUUGCACACCCUGCUUAUGGUUCGGCUGUCUUUCUGUGCUGAUAAUGCGAUUCCUCACUUUUUCUGUGACAUGUCAGCUCUACUGAAGUUGGCCUGCUCUGACAUUCAGAUAAAUGAAAUGAUGAUAUUUAUCUUAGGAGGACUUGUCAUUAUUGUUCCAUUCCUGUUGAUCUUUUUAUCCUAUGCACGAAUUGUGUCCUCCAUCCUCAAGGUCCCUUCUGCUAGGGGCAUCCACAAAGCCUUCUCCACCUGUGGCUCCCACCUCUCUGUGGUGUCAUUGUUUUAUGGGACAAUUAUUGGCCUCUACCUGUGCCCUUCAGCUGGCAAUUCUACUAUUAAGGAGACAGCUAUGGCUGUGAUGUACACUGUGGUGACGCCCAUGCUGAACCCCUUCAUCUAUAGCCUGAGAAAUCAGGACAUAAAAGGAGCUUUACAAAAAAUCUUUUUAAAGUGGACAAUUCAGUUUUCCCUGGGACAGUGA